AUGACAGGCAAUGACCUGGUAGCUAUUAAUGCGCAGAAAAGCGCUGGCGUCACCUCCGGUCUCGUACUUGGCCACAAAAUUGCUGCGCGCGGUGCACCACCAUAA